CAGACACAAAUGAGGAGUGGUGGGUCAGAAGACGGCUUUGUUUUAUUUUAGCUUUGCUCUUGUUGGACUAUUUUUUUUCUUCCAAAUUCCAGUUUCACGACUGAGUUUUACUGAAACUCAAACUAGGGCGGGACUGGACGGAGAUUUGGGCGUUUAGCCUAAUUAAAGUUAAUGUCUACUUCUCAGGCCGACUGGUUCAGGUUGGCAGAUUAAUGAUUUUGAUCCAUCAAAAUGUUGGCAAAAGGGUGAGGCAGCUGUCUGAAGAACAGGAUAAGGUUGAACGUUGGUGUAGAUGUGUGACAGUGGAGUGUGUGAGGACAAGCCCCCCGCCCCCCCUGUCAGGAUGAGCAGCCAAGGAGGAGGAGCCAAGGAUCCCCAGUCGGCCAAUCACAGCUCUAGGCCACUGCCGUCUGCCCCAGAGGAAAGGAAGCCCAGGAACAAGAUCAUCUCCAUAUUUGCCUCUGAGAAAGGGUUUAAGAAGAAGGACCGUGACAAGGACAGGCCUGAAAUCUCCUCCCCAUCAGACUUUGAACACACCAUCCAUGUUGGCUUUGAUGCUGUCACCGGAGAAUUUACUGGAAUGCCGGAGCAGUGGGCCCGGCUUCUUCAGACCUCCAACAUCAGUGAAUCGGAACAGAAAAAGAAUCCUCAGGCCGUCCUCGAUAUUCUCAAGUUCUACGACUCCACCAGUGGGAAACAGAAAUAUCUUAGUGUUUCUGCUUCAGACAAAGAUUCACAGUUGCCAGGCAAGAAAGUUUUGGCUACCUCUCCAUUAGCCCGAGAUGGCGAAGAUGAGGAUGACGAUGAUACACCACCUCCAGUUGUGGCACCACGGCCAGAGCACACAAAAUCUAUGUACACAAGGUCGGUUAUUGACCCCAUCCCGGCCCCAGAGCCAGACGGUCCCAAGGCAGCUGACCGAAAGAAACCACAGGGAGGCAAAAUGACUGAUGAAGAAAUUAUGGAGAAGCUAAGAACUAUUGUCAGUGUUGGAGACCCUAAAAAGAAAUAUACUCGCUACGAAAAAAUCGGCCAGGGGGCCUCUGGAACAGUUUACACAGCCAUAGAUGUUGCCACAGGACAAGAGGUGGCCAUCAAACAGAUCAACCUGCAGAAGCAGCCAAAGAAAGAGCUGAUCAUCAAUGAAAUCCUGGUCAUGAAAGAGCUAAAGAACCCCAACAUUGUCAACUUCGUAGACAGUUUCCUGGUUGGGGAUGAGCUUUUUGUGGUGAUGGAGUACUUGGCUGGCGGCUCUCUUACCGAUGUUGUGACGGAGACGUGCAUGGAUGAGGCUCAGAUAGCUGCCGUCUGCAGAGAGGUCAUUCAGGCUUUGGAGUUUCUUCAUGCCAACCAGGUCAUCCACAGAGACAUCAAGAGUGACAAUGUACUUCUAGGGAUGGAUGGAUCAGUCAAACUCACCGACUUCGGCUUUUGUGCCCAGAUCACCCCUGAGCAGAGCAAACGCAGCACCAUGGUGGGAACUCCGUACUGGAUGGCUCCAGAGGUGGUGACGAGGAAGGCUUAUGGACCCAAAGUGGACAUUUGGUCUCUGGGGAUCAUGGCCAUAGAAAUGGUGGAGGGAGAGCCUCCGUAUCUCAAUGAGAAUCCUCUCAGGGCGUUGUAUUUAAUUGCCACCAACGGCACUCCUGAGCUGCAGAGUCCAGAGAAGUUAUCUCCCGUCUUCAGGUCCUUCCUGUCCCGCUGUCUGGAGAUGGAUGUGGAGAAACGAGGCUCUGGCAAAGACCUCCUGCAGCAUCCAUUCCUGAAGCAGGCGAAACCUCUGUCCAGUCUCACCCCUCUCAUCCUGGCAGCCAAGGAGGCAAUGAAGAGCAAUCGUUAACAACUCAACCCACCUCCCUCACCCUUUGUGUUCAAAGACUUAAAGAAACCAACUUAGACUAUCUGAUGAUAAGAAGUCCACCAGUGUUUCUGUUUUUCUAGUUGUCUCAAAAUGCUGCUCUAUGUUUCCUUGUUUUUCUGGACUCUCAUUAUACAUUUGUGCCUUGAACCCAAAGGGAGUUCCUUGUUAGUUGCCUGUGCAGUUUGUGUUUCUUGAAACAUACCCGAAAUGCAAAAUCAGUUUCAUUUGAGGAUGUUUGCCCAAAAUUAAUUUCAUUCUACAACUGGAGAGCUACUAAAACCCACUUAUUACAGCAGCACAACUUUAAUCCUAGACAGCGUUUAUUGGGAAACUGUUGCUGUAAGGAAAAGAAACCCAGAAAACGUCAUUUAGAAUUAUGGUUUUUGAACUCUGCAAUUAGUUUCAGUGGUGGUCUAUGGUUACAUGUGGGCUUUAUGGUCCAGGAGAUCUGAAUGGUGCAUGAAACUUAAAAUCUAUGCUGUGCUGAUGUCCAGAAUGGGACAGUGUUCUCUUUGUACAUUGGAAAAACCACAUCAGUGUCCUCUUUGUAACCCUCAAUAUCAAUAAAACUGAAUAAUUACAGUUAAUGAAUGGAAAAUUUGAAACAGAAAAUAUAAAAAUGCAGUUUUUAAAUUACUUUCUAUUUUUCAGACUAUUUUUCUGAUAUGUCACAAUGCUCAGUUUCUUAUCUCAAACAUUUUUUGGGCACAGUUUCCAUUAGUUUUUUGUGGGCACAAUCUAUGCAAGCUCAUCUGAAUGCAGGUUACUUCAUAAAAAGGUUGGUUUAUUGCACAAAGCCUUAGACCCAAAUGUUUUUCUUAGUAUGAUUGUUCCUCUGCAUGAACUGUUCUUCUUCCACGAAGUAUUUUCCUUGCUGUUCAUCUCUUUAUCGUUGUACAACAAAAAUACCACCUGUAGUAUGUUAAAUGUUACACUGGACGAGUUUUCUGUUUUACCUUGUUUGUAUAUGAUGUAAUGUCUUGUAUUUUUAACAACUGAUAAUAUAUAAAUAUAUAUUGUUACUUUGUCGUUGUAACUAACAGCAGGAGGCAUUUUUUAAAUUUGUGUUCAGGAUAUUUUAGUGUUCUGGUUCACUGUCAGUCCCCUAGAUUUGUGGAGUUAUAGACUCCAAACCAAGUAAUGCCUUAAUAAUCCAGCCACACAUUAAUUAAAAUGGAACACAGAAAAUUAGCUUAGAAAAUGUAUCUACAUGUCCCUUUUAUUUGGUGUGUGUGUGGCAGUAAAACACUCCUAUAUGGUACCUGACAGGUUAGUACACAUACAUUUGUUGCUUAAACCAGAACAAAUAAUCCAAUGAUGUUUAUUAUAUAAUGACGUAAAAGUGUGAAAUGAAAGUUUUUUUUGUCAGCCAUAAAAUAAGCAGCUGUUGUCCCUUAAUAAAAUCCAAAGAGUUGAUAAAAUAUUAAUAAACUUGGAGCUGAAGGGA